AUGGGCUCCGACGUGGCAUUCCAAGAACUCCUCCAACCGGAGUUUCGAGGGAAGAAGCUCACAGAUGAAAUCAAUACGGCCCAAGACAAGUGGAAUCUCUUACCCGCCUUCCUCAAAGUAAAGGGUUUGGUGAAACAACAUCUCGACUCGUACAACUACUUUGUGGAUGUUGAUCUCAAAAAGAUCAUCAAGGCAAACGAGUUGGUUCUUUCCGAUGUUGACCCUGACUUUUACUUGAAGUACUUGGACAUCAGAAUUGGUCACCGUCUGACAUCUGCACCAGGGACUAAGGAAGUAAUCUUGCCACCUCAUGAGUGUCGGUUGAGAGACUUAACGUACUCUGCACCUAUCUACGUUGAUGUCGAAUAUACACGGGGUAAGAAGAUCGUUAUCAACAGAGACUUAGAAAUUGGACGUAUGCCUGUUAUGUUGCGACUGAAUAAGUGUAUCUUGGAUGGUUUGAGUGAAGAAAAAAUGGCUCGAUUUGACGAAUGUCCACUUGACCCUGGUGGGUAUUUCAUUGUCAACGGUACGGAAAAGGUGAUUCUUGUCCAAGAGCAACUUUCCAAGAAUAGAAUUAUCGUCGAAGCAGAUGAAAAGAAAGGAAUCGUUCAAGCCUCAGUCACUUCUUCAACCCACGAGCGUAAAUCUAAAACAUACGUCGUGACUAAGAAUGACAAGAUUUACUUGAAGCACAACUCGAUCGCCGAAGACAUUCCGAUCGUCAUUAUUUUGAAGGCUGCCGGUAUCACAAGUGAUUUGGAAAUAAUGCAGCUUGUUUGUGGUAGCAACCCCGCAUAUCAGGACAUUUUCAUGGUGAACUUUGAGGAAGCAGCAAAACUCGAGGUUUUCACUCAACAUCAAGCACUUUUGUAUGUCGGUAAGAGAGUGAAGACGAUGAGACGUGCCGGUGCACCUAAGCUUACGCAAUUACAAGAGGGUAUUGAAGCUGUAGCAACCACUAUCGUUGCUCAUUUGACUGUUCUGGAUUUGCAAUUCCGAGAAAAGGCUUUAUAUAUUGCAACAAUGGCUAGAAGAGUUGUUAUGGCUAUUGACAAUCCAAAAAUGGUUGAUGAUAGAGAUUACGUUGGUAAUAAGCGGUUGGAAUUGGCUGGGCAGCUCGUGUCAUUGUUGUUCGAAGAUUUGUUCAAGAAGUUCAACUCAGACUUCAAGCUUAAUAUUGAUAAAGUUCUCAAGCGACCACUGAGGGCACUGGAAUUCGAUGCGUUGCUUUCCAUCAAUAUUCAUAGUAAUAACAUUACUCAAGGGCUCAACAGAGCCAUAUCCACAGGGAAUUGGUCGCUUAAACGGUUCAAAAUGGAACGUGCUGGUGUGACUCACGUUCUUUCGCGAUUGUCGUAUAUUUCUGCCUUGGGUAUGAUGACUCGUAUUUCAUCUCAAUUCGAAAAAUCAAGAAAAGUGUCGGGUCCGAGAGCAUUGCAGCCCUCGCAGUUCGGGAUGUUGUGUACUGCUGAUACGCCAGAAGGUGAAGCUUGUGGUUUGGUGAAGAACCUUGCGCUUAUGACCCACAUCACCACAGAUGACGAAGAGGAUCCCAUCCGGAAGUUAUGUUUUGUGCUUGGCUGUGAAUCAAUUCUUACUGCCGAUUCAGCGACUAUGCAUGCAGAUGGUAACUUUGGGGUAUAUCUCAAUGGUACUCUUUUGGGGAUCAUUCGUUACCCCAACAAGUUUGUGGCUAGUUUCCGUCAAUUACGUCGAUUGGGGAAAGUAUCCGCUUUUGUGUCAAUUUUUACGAACACUCAUCAAUCUGCAGUUCACAUUGCUACAGAUGGUGGCCGUAUCUGUCGUCCAUUGAUUAUUGUUGAAAACAAUAAGCUGCGCGUAAACAAGGAGCAUCUUCGCAAAUUAUUGGUUGGUGAAUGGCAAUUUGAUGACUUCUUGAAGCAUGGAUUGGUUGAAUAUUUGGAUGUCAAUGAAGAAAAUGACUCACUCAUUGCCCUUUACGAAAAGAAUUUGUCAGAUAAUGCGGGUCAGCAGUUUACUCAUCUUGAAAUCGAACCUUUCACGGUGUUGGGUGCCGUCGCUGGUUUGAUCCCCUAUCCUCAUCACAACCAGUCACCGCGUAAUACCUAUCAAUGCGCUAUGGGUAAGCAAGCGAUUGGUGCAAUUGCAUACAAUCAAUUCCGUAGAAUUGAUACUCUUCUUUACUUCAUGGUAUACCCGCAACAGCCCAUGGUAAAGACGAAAACUAUUGAACUCAUCAACUACGACAAAUUGCCCGCUGGUCAGAAUGCUACUGUCGCUGUCAUGUCGUACUCGGGUUAUGAUAUUGAAGAUGCUUUAGUGUUGAACAAGCUGAGUAUUGAUCGAGGUUUCGGUCGCUGUCAGGUUGUGCGUAAAAACACUGUACACCUCAAAAACUACCCUAAUCACACAAAGGACAUUUUAAGUGGUAAGAGAGUGGAUGAGAAUGGCGCAGCAAUCUUCCAACACGAAGCUAUUGGUACUGAUGGGUUGGGUGAAGUUGGCGCCAAGGUGACGAAUGGUCAGAUCUUCGUCAAUAAGCAUGUUCCUACUAAUACUGGUGACGUGGUUAUGAAUCAUAACCCUGCGGAUCAGCCAAUGGAACUGUACAGGGAAACCCCUGCUCUCUACAAAGGACCGGAGCCUCUGUACGUUGAUCAAGUAAUGAUGUCCGUGACUGAUAAUGAUCAGGCUCUCAUCAAAGUGUUAUUGCGUCAAACUAGAAGACCCGAAUUGGGUGAUAAGUUUUCGUCUCGGCAUGGUCAAAAGGGUGUGUGCGGUAUCAUUGUACAGCAGGAAGAUUUGCCAUUCAAUGAUCAAGGCAUCUCUCCUGAUAUUAUCAUGAACCCACAUGGUUUCCCCUCGCGGAUGACGGUAGGGAAAAUGAUUGAGUUAAUUUCGGGUAAAGCCGGGGUGCUUAAUGGUUCUUUGGAAUAUGGCACUUGUUUUGGUGGUUCCCAACUUGAGGACAUGUCCAAGAUUCUUGUGGAGAAGGGUUUCAACUACUCAGGUAAAGAUCAGUUGUAUUCAGGUAUUACGGGUGAAUGUUUGCAAGCAUACAUCUUCUUCGGGCCGAUUUACUAUCAGAAGUUGAAGCACAUGGUUCUUGACAAGAUGCACGCCCGUGCUAGAGGGCCCCGUGCUGUGUUGACUAGACAACCCACCGAAGGUAGAUCCAGAGAUGGUGGUUUGCGGUUGGGUGAAAUGGAGCGUGAUUGUGUGAUUGCGUAUGGGGCUUCGCAACUCUUGUUAGAGCGGUUGAUGAUUUCCUCUGAUGCAUUCGAAGUCGACGUGUGCAAUACUUGUGGUUUGAUGGGCUACAAUUCUUGGUGCACGACUUGUAAGCUGCUGGAAAACGUGGUCAAAAUGACCAUCCCCUACGCCGCUAAAUUGUUAUUCCAGGAGCUUAUUUCCAUGAAUAUUGCCCCGAGAUUAAAGUUGGGCGAUGUAUUUUAG